ACAUCCCGUUACAGAAAUGGUAAUUCGUCAUUACCAUGCGGACGUGGGACACAUGGGUCAAGAUUCCGUCCUUUCUUCAUUAAGGAAAGAAUCUUGGAUUGUGAAAGGAAGAACGGCGGCAUACGUACGACGCGUGGUGCGAAGCUGCAUUAGUUGUCAACGGAGAAAGGCUCGUUUGGGAGAGCAGUUUAUGGCGAAUUUACCGCAAAGCCGUCUAACGCCAAAUCAACCACCUUUUACGCGUGUCGGAGUUGAUUAUCGCGGACCAUUACAAGUAAAACAAGGACGAUCGGUUGUCAAACGAUAUGACUGCCUUUUCACGUGUAUGGUAACGCGAGCAGUGCAUAUAGAGAUCGCGCAUUCUUUGGACACCGAUUCUAUGAUAAACGCGCUCAGAAGAUUUAUCAGUAUACGAGGUUGCCCAUAAGAGAUAAAGAGCGAUAAUGGAACGAAUUUUGUGAGAGCUGACAAGGAACUGAACCGAAGCAUUGAAGAAUGGAAUCAUACCAAGAUCCACAAUUUCUGCGCACAAAGAAGAAUUAAAUGGGACUUUAACCCACCGUCCGCGAGUCAUAUGGGUGGCGUGUGGGAGCGUUUGAUAAGGUCAACAAGACAAGUUUUGAGAGCUACUCUAAAGGAACAGUUGGUUUCUGAUCUGAUGAAGUUUUGCAGACCUUGAUGGCUGAAGCAACCCAAAUCUUGAACUCAAGACCUCUCACAAGAAACAGCGACAGUCCUAUGGAUGAAGACCCUUUAACUCCAAAUCAUCUGUUACAUUUACGCCCGACGUCGAGCUUACCUCCAGGCGUAUUCGACAAAAAUGGCUUGAGCUGCAGAAAAAGUUGGAGACAGGCACACUAUCUUGCUAAUGUCUUCUGUCGUAGAUGGAUAAGAGAAUAUUUACCAAGCUUACUGGAAAGAAAGAAGUGGAAUAUCCCAAGAAGAAACUUAAAGAUAGGAGAUUUGCUGCUCAUAGCAGAUGAAAACUACCCAAGAGGACAAUUAAUGGCCAUUGGCAAUGGUGACGGAAGUUAUGCCGAGUAAAGACGGUUAUGUACGCACAGUGAUAUAGUAAAGACCAGUUUGACAGUAUCAUCCCUAGCGAAACACCGAAGAAGGGGAGAGAACAAGAUCAAUACAACGAUACUAACACGGCCUGUGGCAAAGUUGUGUUUGCUUGAAAUUGACGGAGAGUGACCUGGCUAGGACUAUCAACCUUUUGAACUAAACAGUAAAACUUGACAAUUAUAUUAUAUUUGUGUUAUAGGUUAAGAACGGUGGCCUUCAUGGACUUUGUAAAUGGACUAUUAGUAUAUGCCCAUUUAGGGGCCGGUGUAGCUACCGUAUGGAUUUUCCCGCCUUGCGCAUGCGCAGUGGACGCAUUUUUGGCAUGGCAAAUAGGGCGGCCAUGUUGUUUUGUUUAGUUUGUUUAGCCGUGGAACUAAACGGUUCUAAAGUACAAGUACAAAUACUGGAUUUUUUAUAUUUUGACGUUUGGUUCAAAUAUAUGUUAAUUUUAUUAAACAUCAGGUACUAUAGUCGGACUAUAGUAACAAAAUGCGUUAAUUAACUUUAUCUCAUUUUAAAUAUUAUAUAUAAGUUUUAUUAUUAAGUUUUAAUAAGUGAUUACACUUCAUAAUACUGAGUUUAUAAGAAUAAAUUUUACUACGCCCAAUACUGCCAGCCCUCCAAUGAACAAACUUUCCCUCUUCCCGUCUCCUACCUUUGAUCCGCAGCCCAACCCUACUAUACAAGACAUCCCCGUCAUAUUAUCUAGUCGCCAACCCCCUAAACAUUGCCGUUUUCAGCGCAAUUUAAAUAAUCUUAUUCAAGUAAAUAUUACCAAUGCUGCCGAACCUAAUCGUGCUAUCGGCGAUCGUACCAAGAAAACUAUACUUCCGAAAAUUUCUUUAAUAAACGCCAGAUCACUUUUACCAAAGUUACCGUGUUUAGAGGUGCCGAGACUUGGAAUGCUCUCCCAAUUGACCUGAAGUCGUUAGGAAGUAUAGCAACUUUUAAGAGUGGGGUAAAACAAUGCAGAUUGAUAUAAUGUUAAGUCAUAAAAAUUUUUUAUAUUUAUAGUAGUUAGCACACGGCCUAUUGGAAGAUCAAUUUUUUUCUGGUUGUUCUUGUAAAUAAUAUAUUUUUAAUAUAAUGUGAAAUAGUACCGUGUUUAAAUAAAGUUGAAGUUGAAGUUGAAGUUGCCUUGCUUCAAUCCAUCAUUAUCCAUGGUUAUAAUCUUUUUCGUAAGAACCGGGCUAAUCGCCGAGGUGGUGGCGCGUGCAUAUAUCUAUUCGAGCUUUUCCAUGCCAAUCGCCGAACCGAUCUCGAAAAUGAUAAUUUCGAAUGCUUGUGGCUUUGGCUGCGCCCCCUCGUUUACCUAGACCCCUUUGUAACAUAGCAAUUUGCGCUGUUUACCAUCCACCUGGCCUACCCCAGGACGAUUAUCAGUCACCCUAACAUUCGAAUAUCUAUCUUCCACCAUUUUUGUUUCUGUGCAACCGAUACCCUAAUUGUGGUAUCGUCCUUCUUGGGGACUUUAACGACCUAGAAAUAUCUCUUCUGUCAGCAAGACAUAAUUUAAAGCAAGUGGGCAAAGCCCCAACUAGAGGUUCAUCAAUCCUUGACCUCAUCAUUACCAACUUAUUGAAGUAUUAUAGAACCCAACAACUCCGCCUACCACCACUUUAACCAUCCGACAAUAUCGUAUUAUGGGCCCCCUCUUCAAUUAUUUCUAGCCAUUGUACUGAACCUAAUGAUGCAUCGGUUUCCUCAAUCUAGUAUUGAUGCCUUUGGAAGGUGGGCCUCAACGCGUAAAUAGUGAGCUUAAGCAAGUGACGUUUUUGACAACACGGACGUCGACCGGAAGUAAAGUUGACGUUUUUCACCAAUCACAGCCCUUGACCCAGUCUUCUGACGUUACUCAUGUCGUUCGUGUUGACAAAAACGUCACUUGCUUAAGCUCACUAAUGGUUCGAGGAAGUAGCUCCUAACACCACGGUGGACAACCUAGCAUCUUCUUUCACAUCACGACUGGCCCAGGUAAUCGAUCGUAUUUUCCCUCCUAGAACAGUGCAACGACAUGUUACCGACAAACCUUGGAUGACACCAGAAAUCAAGAACCUUAUAAAAGACCGCCUGAAAGCCUUCCACAGUAACAAUACACCCCCCCCCUCCCUUUGAGUGGAAAAGAAAGUCAUUUUACAGAAAUAAAGUCAACCACUUAAAGUCUAGCGACACGCGCAAAUGGUGGAAAAUGGGAAAUAAAAUGUCGGGAAAACCAGAGAAAAUUAUAUCUUUCUCCAUGGAGCGCGGCAGUAUAACUUUGAACAGUGAAAGUCUCGCAUCCUCCCUCAACGAAUUCUAUGUGUCCGUAAAUUCAGAUAUCCCACCCCUCCACAAAGACUCCCUGCCAGCGUUCCUACCUUCAAGAAAUGGCGUCCCUAUUAUUCAACCAUAUGAAGUUUGUAACAAACUCAGUGCGCUUCAAACCCACAAAGCAACACGUCCUGACAGAAUCCCAAACCGAAUUCUGAAAGAGUUUUCUUUUAUUCUAGCAGAACCAACCAUUUUUGACAAAUCACUACCUUCUAGUGUCGUACCAAAAAUCUGGAAAGAAGCAAACGUCAUCCCAAUCCCAAUGAUCAAUCAACCAGAGAGCGAAAACGACACUAGACCUAUAUCCCUUACCCCAGGCCUAUCCAAAGUCUUGGAAGACUUCAUGGUUAGAUGGAUGUUGGAUGUUGGAUGACGGAUGCCUAAAAGGACUAUUUACUACCCACUGUCUCCUUGACAUGCUCCAUACUUGGUUAUCCCAGCUUGAUUCACAGAAUAAACACAUUCGCAUCUGUUUUUUGGACUUCUCGAAAGCCUUUGAUCGAAUCGGCUAUAAUAUUGUUAUUGACAUACUGAUCGACCUGGGUGUUAGAAGACCUCUUAUUCCGUGGAUAAUCAAUUUUCUAACGAACCGAAGACAACGAGUAAAGAUUGGUAGAUCACUUUCUAACUGGCUCCCCGUGAUAGCUGGGGUUUCCAAAGGGACAAAACUAGGCCCUAUUUCACUCCUUGUCAUGGUUAAUGAUUUGAAGAUAAGCUCACCUGAUACAAAGAUGUGGAAGUUUGUAGAUGAUAGCACGGUGUCCGAACACCUUACUGGGAAUAUAUCGUCAGCUAGUAACUCAACCAACCCUUUAACCUCAUCGAAUCAUGGUGUUCCAACAAUUGGAUGAUUCUUAACCCAAUAAGAUGCAAGGAACUUAGAAUAUGUUACCUUAAAAGAUCCGUCGAAUUCCAGCCUUUAACAAUCGCAGGACGCGAACUAGAAAUAGUUCACUCCCACAAAGCAUUAGGCCUAACCAUUCAAAAUAAUCUGAAAUGGGACGAACAUAUUCGAUCCAUAAUCGUGAAAGGUUCCAAACGCUUGUACAUCCUCGGAAUUUUGCGACGGAGCGGUAUUCUACCAGCUGACCUCAUUAAAAUAUAUUCCGCUCGAUUUUGGAAUAUAGUUGCGAAGUUUGGAGUAAUUCGUUGCCCCAAUACCAUUCUGAUGAAUUGGAAAGACUGCAAAAAACAAUUAAGUAAUGCGUAUCAUAUUUCCUGGCCAUCCCUACGACGAAGUAUUGGUGAUGGCGGGUUGCGAAAGAUUAGAUAAUAGACGAAACAAAAUCUGCAUAAAAACUUUGAGCAAAAUUAUUAAACACGGCCCCCUGCAGAGCAACUGCUCGCCAACACAACACCAGGAAUUCAAAUGACUUAUCAUUAUACAAGUAUAGAACAGAACGUUUCAAAAACAGCUUCUUCCCAAGCACAAUUGCAAAGAUAAAUACAUAAAAUAAGUAAUUACAAAUAGCCAACUUUCCUAUCGCUUUCUUAUUCCAUUUUUAAACAACUUCUUGUAUACCUUUUUAUAUACCCAUAUGUACAAUGUAAAAUAUUUCUUCUUUUUAACUUUCUUAAAUUUGUAAACACUUUGCAAUUCAAAUCUUAUUUGCGAUAAAAGUGUAAAUAAACCAUCAAUAAUAAUAAUAAUAAUAAUAAUAAUAAUAUUUUAUUUAAUUUGAAUGAUAGAGAACAAGCGACGUUUUUGGCACCACGUACGUAUAUCAACCGGAAAUAAAUUAAUUGAGCAAUUACAGACGGGGACUGAUUGCGACAGCCGUUCUUGUUCGAAAACGAGAACGGAAAACUGCAAUGACUACCGUUCUUGAUUUCAUGUAAGAACUGCUGACUCCGCCACUCGCCAUUUAUAACAAUUCGUAUAUUGAAAAUUGAUAUAGUUAUUUUUUAACUACUAACUAGCCCAUAGUGUUUCUUUUAGCAAUCCUCGAUGUAACACUGCAGGUAAAACUGGGCAAAAACCGGCAUGUGUAAUAUUUAUUAUAAAGUCAAAACAAUUCAAACUAACGAACAUUUUACGGCGAUAAAAUAUUUUUAUAUGCUUUAAAGACAUUAAUCAUAUCGAAAUUAACUUAAAUCACUUAUAGGUAUAAUAUGAGCAGACGCACAAAUAUUUCACGCCUUAUUUUCAGCAAGCCCUUGCGAGCAAGCUGGCGUUUUGUCAACAAAACAACAAAAUCCACUAGGCAUCUUUAUUACUAAAUAGUUUCGUACCACAGUAUGUGGCACUCUUCAGAUAAAUUUAUAUAUAUAUAUAUAUAUAUAUAUAUAUAUAUAUAUAUAUAUAUAUAUAUAUAUAUAUAUAUAUAUAUAUAUAUAUAUAUAUAUAUAUAUAUAUAUAUAUAUAUAUAUAUAUAUAUAUUUGUGACAUUUAAAUUCACCUAAUGAGUGUGGCAAGCAUUGCUUGUCAUACGAUACAAGUUUGUAGUUAAUAAAUCUUAUGAAGUAAACCAGGUUUCUUUUAUCUUUAUCUUUAUAUUAGCUCUAUACUUCGGUAUAUAGAGCACUCUACUCAUAUAUGAUUCUAAAUACAUAAUAUAUAUACAAAAAUUAGGUUUUGUUGGUUUUAAAAACUUUUGGCAAAGUGCUCAAUGGAAAACCAGAGCAUAUUUAAAUUAAGGUGCAACAAAUCAACAAAAUCCACUAGGCAUCUUUAUUACUAAUUAGUUUCGUACCACAGUAUGUGGCACACUUCAGAUAAAUUGAUAUAUAUAUAUAUAUAUAUAUAUAUAUAUAUAUAUAUAUAUAUAUAUAUAUAUAUAUAUAUAUAUAUAUAUAUAUAUAUAUAUAUAUAUAUAACAUAUAUAGCUCAAAUCAACGUCAUGGAAGGAGAUAUAAUAUUCAUGAAUAUCGACCCUGGUUACAAUAUUGCUCUUCAUGCUCUUGAAGAACUUGACAAAAAAAGACGGCUUGAAGUACUGAAUCAACAACGCUCGUGGCUGGAGGCAAUACAAAGCAAUGUCGAUGGCGACAACAACAUCUUUGCUUUCGGUGGGGAAAAUGCAAGACCUGACGAAGGAGCUUCUGCGUUUGGAGAAACGGCGUCCGCUGUUUUCCGAAUGGUGAUGCUACGUGCUGUCGAAAUUAACGAAGAUUGGUGGCCUGAACUUCGAAAAAUACGAUGAAAAGAAACAAAAAAGCCUUGCGGUUUUAGGUAUUAAUCAGUUCUCCUUUUAAGCUGCUCGACGAGGAGAACGACAACAAAGAUACAGCGCGACGGUGUUGGAGAAAAUACGAUCACGUGUUCCACGUGAAAAAAAAUUCUUAAUUUAAGAAAAAAAUCUUAAAAUAAGAAAAUAAUUUUCUUAGUAAGAAAAAAUUUUCUUGUAAUAAGAAAUUUUUGAAUCCCAACAUAUCUUUUUCUUAAAAUCAGAAAAAAUUUUCUGAAUAAGAAAACAUUUUCUUAAAAUAAGAAAAUUUUUCUUAUAAUUUCUUAGUUAUCGCGAAAGCAUUUUCUUAAAAAAAUUCGAUUUUCUUACUUGAAGAAUAUGUUCGUAAGACAAGAAAUGAAAUUCUUUAAUUUCGUUGAAAAAAUUCUUAUUUCGUUGAAAAAAUCCAUAAUAUUCACACUAAUCUUGAAAAUAUGGGGCACGAUUUACCCGAGUUUGAAGUUUAUAACACAUCUGAAACAACUGCUCAUCUAAGUAACUUUAACACACUAACCGAAGAAGAUGUUCGAACGCUUAUCAAAGAGUGCGGAAAAAAGAACUCUGCUGUCGACCCCAUGCCAACGUCACUGGUGAUCGACCUAAUCGAUGUGUCAUUACCGACUAUCACCAAGAUAAUUAAUCUGUCAUUGGACUUAGGGACGUUUGCUGACGUCUGGAAAUGCGCUCUUGUACACCCGCUCUUGAAAACUGUCGGAGUGGAUCUACUUUUCAUGAAUUGUAGACCUAUAAGCAACCUACAGUACAUUUCCAAAUUAACUGAGAAAAUUGUAUUUAGUCAGACCCAUUCGCAUAUGAUGGCCCACUCAUUAUAUCCUGAGCUACAAUCAUCUUAUCGUCGAUAUCAUAGCACUGAAACCGCACUGCUCAAAGUUACAAACGAUAUCCUGCUAAAAAUGAACUCGCAAGAAGUUACUUUACUGGUUACACUUGAUCUAAGUUCCGCGUUUGACACUGUCAAUCACGAAAUAUUGCUUCGCCGUCUCCGAAAUGAGUUUGGCAUUCACGGCAAAGUCUUGGAUUGGUUCAAAUCAUACCUGCACAACAGAGGCCAGCAAAUUUCUAUCGAAGGUAUACUAUCCCAACGUUUCGAUUUGGACUCAGGAGUUCCACAAGGGUCGUGCUUGGGUCCCCUUCUUUUUAUUAUAUAUGCAUCCAAGCUGUUUAAAAUAAUUGAAGAUCAGCUUCCCGACUCACAUGGUUAUGCCGACGAUACACAGCUCUACCUCAGUCUUAAGCCAAGUUUAAGUACGUCACAGGAAGACGCUUUAUGUGCGAUGGAGUCUUGUAUCGAUAAGAUAAGACGCUGGAUGAUUCAGGAUAAACUCUUGAUGAACGAUGGCAAAACUGAAUUCUUGGUCAUUGGCACUCGUCAGCAAUUAUGUAAACUUCAGCCUAUCAGCAUUUCAGUUAAUAAUUCUGUGAUUUCUCCUAGCCCGCAUAUUAAGAACCUUGGCAGCUGGUUGGACUCGAACUUAAACAUGACGACUCAUAUCACAAAAGUAUGUAAAGCCUGUUUUUUCCACCUGCAUAAUAUCAGACGAAUUAAGAAAUAUCUAUCAAGACACAACUUACUGAUCCUAGUACACGCUUUCAUCACCAGCAAGCUCGACUACUGUAACAGCUUAUUCUACGGUCUCCCUGGAAAGCAAAUAUCUAAACUACAGCGUGUUCAGAAUGCCGCUGCAAGAUUAGUAAUGGACGUUCCAAAAUAUUCUCAUAUUACGCCCGUACUGUAUGAACUACACUGGCUUCCGGUACAUGCAAGAAUACAAUUCAAGGUGUUACUAUUUGCUUUUAAAGCUAUACACGAUCUAGCACCAUCUUAUAUUAAGGAUCUCAUUAAUGUCAAAUCGAAGUCGUCCUUCAACUUAAGAUCUAACAAUGGCACUCUACUGGAACCUCCAGCAGGCAGGAUGCUUACAACCUUGGGUGCCCGAUCCUUUCACGCGGCUGCACCUCAUCUUUGGAACAGUCUUCCACUUGGUAUACGUUCACUUACAUCUAUUGACUUGUUCAAAAAAUCAAUUAAAACUCAUCUUUUUAGGAACGUUUUUACUGACUUUUUAUAAGAUACGAAUAUUGAAUUUUAAGAAUGUUAAUAUUUAAUAAAUUCAUCAGUAACAAUGUAAAUAAUCAAUAAUGUAAAUAUUGUAUCUAUUCUUAACUCUGUGAAGCGCUUUUGAUCAAUUGUUGUAAAUAGCGCUAUAUAAGUAAUAAAUUUAUUGUUAUUAUUAUUAAUACAAAAUUAUAAAAUAGUAAGACAUUAUUACUUAAAUUUUCGAAGCAAGAAAAUGUAAAAUGCUAGUGUUAUAGGACAACUUAUAUCUUAACAAGACUUAGAAUAACGUAGCUAUAUCUUAUUGCGUUAGGUAAAUUUGUAGUUUUUAUUUCGAAUUGAAGAGACUAUAUGACCGGCAGCUCACGGUUGAUCAAACACUAAAUGGCCGGCAGUACAUUGACUAUAUAGUUAAAGUUGAAUCUUCGGUAUAAGAUAGAUAAACCGAUCCCCAAUUCCAAACCUUUCUCUAACCCUAACCCCUAACCCUAACCUUUUGAGAGUUAGACCGGCUGCCGGUAAUAUAGUCACUUUGUUUUUAUUUCGUUUCCAAAAUUUGAGUUGGUUUCAGUUUUAUUGAAUCGCUGAAGAGAAUUUUUGCCCUCCGGAAUUUUUAUCCAAGCUUUAUCCAAGCCAAGCAGGAAUAGUUUGCCAUAGUUCGCGUAUCCACUAAACGCCUGGGGCCGGUUGUAUCAAAGGCGUUUAACUUAAACGGUGUUUAGCCGCUAUCCAGCGUAUAAAUUUCUUAUCCAGCGGAUAGUUAAACGGCCGAUAAAAUUGCGUUGUAUGAAGCCCGUUUAGCACCGCGUUUAACUAUCCGUAGGAUAACCUUUAAUUUAACCGGAGAAAACCGGAUUUUCUUGAAAUUUCCUACCUCUACGUCAGCUGUUGCUAGGCCUUUGUAAACUGUUGAAGCUUUAUCUAACUUGUGAAUUCCACUAAGCUUUUGCAAUAAAGUUUGUUGUUGUUUUUAUUUGGAGUUUGCUCGUCCAUUCGUUGCUGCAAAUCUAUAUCAAACUUUUCAUUUUCACAUUGUGCUGAGUUUCUCAUUCACUUAAAUUCACUUACGGAUAUUUCUUUAAAGAUUUUUGGCUUCUUUAUACGAAGAGUCGCAGGCAAUAGCAAAAACUGUGAGUUGCAUGUAUUUGGCUUUUGUCAGUUGAUUCAGUUUUAUACUGUUUGAAAUUUGUUCCUCGACCUUGCACUUUUGUACAAAACAAUUUUAAGAACAUUUUGAACCACGUUUUGAUUGGCUGAUCAAAGCGAUUAACGCGAGCGAACAAUUUUUUUUCGACUUUCGGCGUCUUGUUGUCUAUUUUGUAUACUUGUUGGCUUUCCAAAGUCAUUGUUUGUUUUACAAUGGCUAAAAUUGCGAGUCUUACUGCUUGUUUUCAAACUAUAUAAUAGAAGAAAAGAAGAAGAAAAAGCCAGAGUAUAUAUACUUAACAUCUAAACAUGACACUGGUGUGCGUAAAUAUAGCAAAGCCACGGAAUUACAAGUGUACUCAGUGUACCUCAAGACCAAGCCAGUUAAAAGUGAGUUUUUCAUGUUUAUUGGAUUUAAAAAGAUAACUCCUCCACAUGAUUGUGCAUUUUUAUAACUAUCCCAUGCUUUUUCAUCCGAAAUAAUCAUUGUUUUAUCUUCAAACUCCGAGUUUAUCCGCCGUAUAGCGAUUUAAACGGUCUCAAGAGACCGUAUAAGUUUACACGGUGAAUAGGCAAAAUUUAACCGGUGGAUAGCGCUAAACGGGCUUGAUACAACGCGAUUUCUUGAGCGUUUAAAUUUUAUCCGGCGGAUAGCGAGUUAGGGCCAUUCCAUUUAAUGUCCACACACCCCCUACAGAUGAGUUUUUCUGAAGGGUGACUCAAAAAGUCGUUUCCGAGGGGUUAAGCCUGUCGGCAUCCUUUGAUCUCUGCGAUUUUUCUGAGGGGUAAGGGGAAAAUUCACAAAUUUCUGAGGGGUGUUUCGUGUCGGCACUUUGAUCUUUUUUUCUUAGGGGUUAAAAUUUUACUGACCUCAUCCGUAGGGGGGGUGUGGAUUUUAAAUGGAAUGGCCCUUAAUUAAACGGUGGUUAGCGAAUUAAACGCCUUUGAUACAACCGGCCCCUGGUACCUAGUUUACCUUUUAGAACGCGGAGAAUCGCGGGAUAGCGUCGUUUUACAUUUUUGUGAAAAAUUUUAUAAUAAUUAUGGAAUUCACAGCGCCUUCAAGGCAAUUUAAAUGGCAAAUAACGAUGGGAAAAGCAUCAUAAAGUCCUUAAAAUGUUGUUCAGAUACCACAGGUAAGAACAAUUGUAUAUUUGACUUGUUAUUUAAACAUAUUCAUUGCGAAAUAAUGUAGUGAUUAUGACUGUUUACUUGAGCGAAGUGUGAAAAUAUUCCAUUGAAUGUUUGAAUUUGCCGCGUUCGUUUUGCAUAUAAAACAUGCAAAUGUUGCUUUCAGGCAAGGGACGGAAGAUCAAAAUAUAAAUUCAAAUCUAUUGUUGUGAAUUCCAUACUAAUUUACGCACUAAUAUUAACAAUUUGACAAUAUUAGGGGGCCUAUUAGAUUGCCUUUGACAUUGGCACUUUGCUAGACCUUUGUCAAGACUCAAGGCUAUAUAAUGAUAUGAAAUAAGAUAUACAUACGGGUGUUUUUGAAGAUCUGUUAGCAUUUUAAUACUUGAAUGAGGAUUGGAAUUACACUUAUUACAGGAGAAUGACAGCAUUUAAUCUGAUAUUUUCAGUGUAUUGAUAGCUGAAUAACUGAAUUGCAUCCUACUCUAUUGUUUACCCUGUCUAAUGCCAGAGGAUUUUCCUACUUGCCUUGCCGGAUAACUUGGCUACUGUAGAGAAUGUUUAGUUUUCCCGACUUACUAUACUUCACCCGGGAAACUCUGCAACCCUAGAUAGAAUGUAUAUGCCUUUCAUUUAAAAUAAUAGCCCAAAAAUACAUACAAAUCAUUAGGUAUGUUUACAGCUUUCCUCCAUUUCUAGCAGCUUAUUUUUGCAUAUUUUGUAAUCAUGUUUUUUAAACCUUUUGAAUGAUCCAAAUUGUGUUUGUAUUUUGUCAUUGUGCAGCAAUCAUGGGGUAACUUGAUUUCAUAUAUAAAUAGACUGCUUUUUUGUCCUGCCUGAGUGAAUAACUCACCUUGCCGGGUAACUCGCCUACUGAUGUACCGAUAUCCAUAUUGGUGUAUCAGUCAUCUUUGAAUUUCGUGAAAUGACAUAGAAUAUCGGUAUCGGCAAAGUAUUGGUCUUUUAUUAUCAGAAUAUCGGUGAAUUUCCAUAUAUCGGUGCAUCACUAAUACAGUUCAAGAUUGUGUUUAUAUGAGAAAAUGCCAUCCUGCACGCCGGGACAAUUUUGUUAUGUUGACAUUGUUUUGACAGUUGUUAAAAAUAGCAUCUUUGAACAUUCAUCCUGGCCCAGCCUGCUUGUGAGUGUAUAUAUGUGGAGAAAUUUUCAUCCCGAUAAGCAACAUUGUGGCAUCAGAGCCAACCUGCUUGUGGAUCUAUAUAAACACAUGAUAAUUUUUUCUAGAUAAAUAUACCUAAUGCAGUAAGAUCUUGCUUACCGGGCUGUCCCGCUAAGCGGUCCAGCCCAGCUUCCAUAAAUACAGCUGGUUUAAAGAACCAUGGACAGCAACCGGAAGUAAACUAUACUGUCAGUAACUGUGUGACAUGGUAUUGGACAAAUUAUUACAUUUCUUAAUAUUGCAGCUUUG